AUCAAGACGUCGGUCGGCUAACGCGGAUGACAAGCUAAAGUUCCUGGAAUAUUUUUCCUGACUGGCAACACAUUUAGUUUAUUUAUUGUUUACAUUUAAGAUGUCGCUGAAAAAUUUUCACGUGUUUGUUGGCUCUGAAAUUGGUUUAUUAAAAGGUGUUGAUACUGAGAAAAAGACAUUUUCCAAUUUAAAUUCUGUGUCAGAUUCGUCUAGAGAUGAAGAAAUUACAGCAAUGUGUUGGGAAAGCUCUUCGCAAGAAAAGGUAUACACUGGUCAUAAAAACCAGCUGAUCAAAGCAUAUGAUUGUGAUACGGGAAUAUAUACGACCAUUCAUGACUCAGAAAUUGGACAAGGAGCUAUCAAAGGACUCUGUCUUUUUAAUGAAAAUCUUGUAACAGCUGUAGAAUCUGGAGUUGUUAAAGUUUGGAAUGAAGAUAACCCUAAAAAGGUUGAGAUAAACACUGAGGGCAAUAUUUGUAAAAUGGAGAGAAAUUUUUUCUCUCAAUCUCAAAUUGCAACUGGCGGUGAAGAAAAUGACCUUAAAGUAUGGGACUUGAAUGCUUUUGAAAAAGCAAUAUUUAUGGCUAAAAAUGUAAGAAAUGAUUUUCUAGAUUUAAGAGUGCCAGUUUGGAUUACAGACAUGAAGUUUCAAGAAUUGAAUAAAAUUGUUACGUGUACUCGCCACCAUCAAGUACGCUUAUAUGAUACCAGAGCUCAGAGACGUCCCGUGAUUGAUAUGGAGUUUGAAAAAUAUCCUCUCAUGUCUUUGUCUCUUGCACACAAUGAGAAUCAAAUUGUGGUUGGAAGUAGUCGAGGCAGAAUGGCUCUCAUCGAUUUAAGAAAAAAACUGCUUGUUCAUGUCUUUAAAGGCUUUGCUGGAAGCAUUAGAUGUGUUCAGUGUCAUCCUACUCAACCGUUAGUAGCGUCUUGUGGCUUGGACAGAUUUCUCAGAAUACAUGAAUUAAACCAACACAAACUUUUAAAAAAGAUAUAUCUAAAAACUAAACUGAACACUCUUCUGUAUAAAACUAAUCUUGAAACUACAGACAGUGCAACAAAUGAACCGGAGAAGAGUGUAGUACCAGUCAAACCAGCUAAAAAUGAUGAGGAAGAGGAUGACAUUUGGAGUGCUAUGCCUGUAGUUAAAGAAGGGAAAAAAAUAAAGAAAAUUUUAAACAAUGAUAUGGCUGAACCAGUUAAAAAGAAAAAGAAAAAAAAUAUUUAAGAUAUGUGCCAAUUGAAGCCUAAAAUAAUCUGUAAAAAUUGUAAAUAAAUUAUUUUUUAAGAACA